AUGGUUCUUUCAUUAGCUGGAAAAAUAGCACUUGUAACAGGAGGAUCAGCUGGACUUGGUGCUGAGAUUGUAAGGCAAUUAGCUGCUCAAGGCUGCCAUGUCGCAGUCAAUUACUCUGCUUCUCGUGAUAGAGCAGAAGAGCUGGUCGAGUCCGUAAAAGCUACCCACAAGGUGAAGGCAUUGACUCUACAAGGAGAUGUAUCUCAAGAGCAGGCCUGUAAGGAACUUGUGGCUGAAACUGUAAAGCAAUUAGGAGGACUCGACAUUCUAAUCUCCAAUGCGGGUUGGACUCGAAUCAUCAAUUUCGCUGAUUUGGAUGGUGUCAGUGCUGAAGACCUCGAUAAAACUUUUGCGAUUAAUGUAAAGGCUCAUUUCUACCUAUUUAGAGAAGCAAAACCACACUUUGAGAAAAAUGCGGACGGCGGUUCGUUCAUCAUUACUGCAUCGGCAGCUGGGUUGAAACCAGGUGGAAGCUCAAUUCCUUACUCAGUAUCCAAGGCUGGAUCAAUUCAUCUAGCUAAGUGUCUUGCCAAAGCCCAUGGUCCAAAGUCUCGUGUAAACGUGAUUUGUCCCGGUUUGCUACUUACUGAGUGGGGCCAGCGUUUCGGUGCUGAGCGCAUUGCUCACAUCGAAAAUAGCUUGCCUCUCAAAUACACUUCUUCCUUGGAAGACAAUGCUGAUAUGUUUAUUUCAGUUGUUAAGAAUAAGAGUAUGACAGGUGCUGUCAUUUCCGUAGAUAGUGGUAUGUCACUAAUUUAG